AAACCAGGGGACAUGAAAGAAAUCCGACAAACGAUUUGAAACUUUAAAGACUUAAAUUCUUUUCCCAAUAAAUGUUCUCCAAGCUGAAAUAAGAUUUUGAUUACCAGAGAUACGCUUUCCUUGAUUCAUUUGCGAUUAGGGUUUUUGCAGGGUUUGAUUUGGGAAUGGUGAAGAAAGGGGAAAUUGGAGACAAGAGUGAGAAGAAGAAGAGUAGAUGGGGAUGGAUAUUUGGUGCGAUUCUUGUUGUUUUACUUGCCACAGCAGUUGCGUCUUCCAUAAAUACUAAUAAGAUCUCACUUUCCAAUCAUCAACAUAAUCAAGCUUGUAAUUGUGCGGAUUCACGGAAAUACACUGGCAUUGUUGAGGACUGUUGUUGCGACUAUGAGACCGUUGACGGUCUUAAUGAGGAAGUCUUGAACCCGUUACUGCAAGAGCUUGUGACAACUCCAUUCUUCCGGUAUUUCAAGGUUAAGCUGUGGUGUGAUUGCCCAUUCUGGCCUGAUGAUGGCAUGUGCCGACUGAGGGAUUGCAGUGUCUGCGAAUGUGAAGAAAAUGAGUUCCCAGAGAUAUUUAAGAAGCCGGGACGAAUUUCAUCCCAAGAUUUGGUAUGUCAAGAGGGAAAACCACAGGCUACUGUCGACCGCACUCUGGAUCGCAGAGCUUUCAGAGGUUGGGUUGAAAUAGACAAUCCAUGGACAAGUGAUGAUGAAACUGAUAAUGCUGAGAUGACAUAUGUGAAUCUUCAGCUCAAUCCUGAACGUUAUACUGGAUACACUGGUCCAUCAGCUAGAAGAAUAUGGGAUGCUAUUUAUACAGAAAAUUGUCCAAGAUAUCCAUCUGGAGAGUUUUGUAAAGAAAAAAAAGUGUUAUACAAGUUGAUAUCUGGACUUCACUCCUCCAUUUCAAUUCACAUAGCUGCUGAUUAUCUUCUAGACGAAGCUGCCAAUGUGUGGGGCCAAAAUCUCCAGUUGAUGUAUGAUCGUGUUUUACAGUACCCAGAUCGUGUCAGAAACUUGUAUUUCACGUAUCUUUUCGUCCUCCGAGCCGUGACUAAGGCAGCAGAUUAUUUGGAACAAGCAGAGUAUGACACAGGGAACCCAACAGAGGACUUAAAAACAAAAUCAUUGAUGAAGCAACUUCUUUACAAUCCUAAACUACAAGCUGCAUGCCCUAUCCCAUUCGACGAAGCCAAGUUAUGGCAAGGCCAAAGUGGACCUGAGCUGAGGCAGCAGAUACAGAAGCAGUUCAGAAAUAUCAGUGCAUUGAUGGAUUGUGUGGGUUGUGAGAAGUGUCGACUUUGGGGUAAACUUCAGGUUCUUGGACUAGGAACUGCAUUGAAAAUCCUUUUCUCUGUUGAUGGCCAGGAUCAUGUGGACCAGCAUCUGCAACUGCAACGGAAUGAAGUGAUUGCCUUGGGGAAUCUUCUGAAUAGACUCUCAGAAUCUGUCAAAUUGGUUCGUCAAAUGGGACCAUCAGCUGAAAAGAUCAUGGAGGGACAGGUGUUUGCACAUGCUGACCAUACUAGCACAUGGCGAAGAAUAUGGACUUCUUUAUCUAAACUGCGAUGGGAAAGUGACAAAGAGAUAACGUGAUAGCUUUCAGAUGGUCAUAAACCAAAUUUUGAAGUCAGGGAUGGAAAUUCAUUGAAAGAAGAUUCGGCUGUUCAUAUCUUUAAAUACUCAAAUUUCGUUUAAAAGAAUACACAGUGAGGAUAUAGAGUAGUAUAGUAAGGAUUAUACUAUGUAGAGUCCUCAAUCCUUGUCAAAAGAAUCAAUUAAACAUUCAAAAUUCAAGUGAUUUAUACUCGAAUAGAUUUUUUCUGCGUUCAACUAUUACUCUGAGCAAAAACAGGAAUCAGUACUUUUCUUUUUUUUUUUGAUGGAAUAUACGGUUCUUUUAGAUUGA